AAUGGGUUUCUCUGAUUGGUUGGUAGUGUUUCCGGUUCAAGAUGUCAGCCUCCAUGGCAUCACGUUUUUGCCAGAGGUCCCUUCGAAUGGUUACAGGCAUAAGAGGAAUACCAUCAGAAUUUCAUGUGAGAGGUUAUGCACGUGGUACACGAAGAGGAGCACAAGGUGUUUUCAAUGUUGAUGAAGAGCGGAAUAAAUGGAAAAAUGAAAUGACAUUUGACAAUCCUCGCAGUAACCCCUAUGUCCCAUUUGAAAGUCGGGACCCAGUUCAGAGAAGCUUUGUUGACAGACACUCCGAUAAAUCGAGACCAAAAGUAAUUCGAAAACCAAGAACAGGAAUAUCACCAGCUAGCAUUAAGGAUAGUAAUGAAAUCCAAGAAACAUCAACAAAAGGAAAACUGCCCAAAUACGAAAAACUUAGUGAAGGAGACAGACGUUUUGGCCAGGUAAUCCUUGCUGCUAAAUCAGGAAAAGAAAGGAGAAAAGAAGAAAGUAAUACUCCUGGAGGGUUUCCGCCUCAUAAGAGAUGCCAUCGAUUCUGGGGCCAGUGCUAAGUGCAUCUACUUCAGUCAUACAGACUUCCUGGCCAGACUCGGCCCCCUCAGACUCGGCACUGUGCCCCUGUACAAGGUCCAGUAUAAAGACAUAAAGUCAUGGUCUGAUACACACACACCAGCAGGAAUUAUGGCGAUAUUUGAGAAGCCUAAGCAAGGUGAGUGUCCCCAUCCACAGGGGAGACAACUCCCACUGACUCUGAUCUGUGACAACAUCCGAGACCCUGGCAACAUGGGCACACUGAUCCGUACAGCAUCAGCUGUAGGUUGCCGUCGGAUACUAACAACUAAAGGUUGUGUGGACGUCUGGGAACCCAAGGUGUUGCGAGCAGGGAUGGGCAGCCACUUUCACAUCCCCAUCCUGGCCAGCGUCCCAUGGGAGCUACUCGUCAACUACAUGUGCGAUGAUGACAACGUUUUCAUCGCUGAGACAGGAAAACAGGAGAAACUUGAGGCUAAACGGAGAGCUUUCACUCCGGAUGAUUUUGAGAAACUCUCGCACGAGGAGGAAGGUCAUCACAACAUCUCUGAAUCCAAGAUGGCUGAUUACAGACAGAAGUAUGGAUCAUUGAUGGAGGAUGGUGUGUUGGAUAUCCAUGAAGAAUAUUUAGACAGAGACCAUGUCCAGUACUUUGAUCAUGCUCCUAUGAGUUUUGUGGAUUAUGACAAACUGACCUGCCCCAAAGAUGGCGCCACUGUGAUCAUCGGAGGAGAAACCACAGGGGUCAGUGCUGCAGCAAAGAAAUUUGCAUAUGACAGGUUUGGUCAGUGCGUGACGAUUCCAAUGUCGCCUGCUGUGGACAGUCUCAACUCAGCUAUUGCUGGAAGUAUUAUUUUGUAUAAAAUUCAAAAUCUUUUAGAUUCUAGGUGAAAAUAAACAAUAGAAAUUUC